AUGCCCGUGCAACGUACAUGGGCGGGUACCAAGCGCCCAGGCCCCGAGGCCGCUGCCUCCGGGAAACGGAGGCGGGCCGAGGUACCAGAGGUGCCCGCGGGGGUGCGGGCGCUGCGGCGGGCGGUGCACCAGUUCGGGCUGGUGGGCGGUGAGGACUACGACUCCAAGGAGCAGCGGUUGCAGCAGAUCCUGGACCGACUCCCUGCGGACUCCGGGUGCACCUUGAUCUUCGCCAACACAGCGGCCUCGGUGGCAGCGUGCAAGCGCAAGGCGCUCAACGCGGCCAAGAGCUCCCGAAAGGCCGCCUGCGAAGGUGAGGAAGAGGUCUCCUGGGCCUGCGGCCGCUGCACCUUGGAGAACCCCCAGCAUCAGGAGGAGUGCGCGGCCUGCAGCACGAGGCGCGGCGCGGUUCCGAAGGUCUCCGUAGUGCUGGUGGAUGACAAGGCAAGCGUCCGCCUGCCUUGGAUGCCUGCGAGCUGCCAGAUUGUCAUCAACUACGACCUGCCCAAGACACUCUCCGACUACUUGCGGCGCCUCACGGCCCUGGAGGGAGCCUCCAACAACCCCCGCUUCCCGCGCGUGGUCUACAGCUUUGUGGAAGAGCCGCAGCUGAAGAGCCGCUGCGUCAAGGACAUCGUUGCACAGCUGAAGACGAGCAAGAGGUACGUCGAUGCUGCAAAGAAAGCAGAGAUCAAUUCUGCACUGGGCUUGAUUGAUGACGAAGAAGAGGAGGAGGAAGAGUGGGAAGAGGAGGAUGAGGACUGGGAUGACGAUGACUGGGAGUCAUGCGAUUGUGCCCACUGCCGCGGGAGCAUCAUCGGAAGCACGUCCUAUCAUCCCUUGCUUCCCGUGCCGGGCCUUGAGCACAAGUCCAUGUCAGGCAUCGAGGUGGUGCGCUUGCCCUUGAACGCCUUGGAGGACUUCGACAAGGCGGUUCCCUUCAUUGCCCCACGGGUGAGCGGCCACUCCUGCACAUUGAUUUGCCUCCAUUGCCUCAACGUCCACACGCCCUGGGACGGUUGGGAGCAGUUCUUCGCCCCGGCCGAGCUCACAGGCACCAUGCGAGUGGUCCUGGUCCUGGCGGAGGGCGUGUCCUGGCAUGACUACCCUGACUGCGCACUACUGGGGGCAGGGGGCUCAGCUUGGAUCGACAUCUUGGACAUGGACUCCAUGGACCGGUCUGACAUGCUACUGGAGCGUCUCGUGGACCACGAGGUCGCCGUUGCAGUGUUGCCGGGGGCCAUGAGGCUGCUCUUCCUUGUGGCGCUGGCGGGCGCUAUCCGCCCCAACCUGCCCGAGGGCGGGCCAGGUACUGCCAACCGCACGUUGUGUGACCUCAUGCACUAUGUCCUGCCCGAGCUUCCCAAAAACGCCACUCGAGUACCAGAUCCUGUAGACACGGCUUGCGUUCUGCCUGGGCUACCCGCAGAGCGGUGCCGCUCUUCCAACAGUUUAUGGGCCUGCAUUCCUGAGGACGGCGCCUGCCAAUGCAAGUUCCGGCCCUUCUGCCGCGAGCUGCUGACUGCCUUGAGUGCUUCACACUCCACGCUGGUGUGCCGACCUCAUCUCAGCUCUCAGAGCUGCCAGUGCUGGGCCUUCAAGGACUGCCCCGCGCAGCGCCGCGGCUGGAGCUGCAACCAGCUGCCGCCCGCGCCAGAGGCAGCUCAGGACAGCUGGCAGAUGCAUGAGGCAGACUUCUUGAGCUUGAGCCUCAAUGCCUCACACAGCCACGAAAAGAUGGAGGACUUGCUUCAAGCUGGCUCCUGCCGCUGCCGCCAGGAUCAGCCGGCGCAUUUCGACUCUGUGGCCUUGAGCCCCUCGGAGGAAGAGUUGUACAUGAGUUUCGCGUUGGGCAACCUGGUGCCGCUGCAAAACUCCACCGCUGCGGGCAUUACUAUCGAAUCCAAGGAGUCUGAUGAGGAUGGCCACGGGAAGAAGAGGCUUGCCCUGACCAUCACUACGAAGACGUCCAAAAGCAAGAAAGUUCAAGCGCAGAGCGACAGGACGGGCCCGGUGAACUUUGGGCUCGUGGCGCUGAUGGGCCCCACGGGCGCGGCGGAGCUGCCGGAGGCGGCGGAGCACUGCGUCAUCACCGAUGGCACCGUGACAUUCAGCUCGGUGCAUUUCAUCGUGCUCUUCCUGAUGGUGUUCCCGGUGGCCCUGGUCUUGGUCCUCAUCCUGUGCUGCAACUCUGGGACCAUCUCCGAUCUGUGCCUUGGGGUGGGCAGGCGCUUGCCUCCGCAGAUGCGGCUGCCAUCAGCAACACGCCUGCGCAGGACGGAAGCCAAUCUUGGUGCGACGUGCACUCCUCCGGCGGCAGUGACGGUGCUACUGGUGCUGCUAAUGGUGCUGAUGAAGAUCAACGUGACCUCGGUGCUGACGACCGCGCACGUCAUCAUUGAGCGUUUGCAGCGCUCGGGGGCGCUCAGCUUGCCGCAGCUGCAGUUGGGGGAGACGACCCUGCCAGCAGCGGGUUUGGCGUCGGGUCUGAUUUUGGCCGCGGAGCCCUUCGGGGGUCUCUUCGGGGUGAUGCUGGUGGCACGCUUCUGCCUCAAGAAGCCUAAGCAGACCGUCAUCCUUGCGUGUGCUGGUCUCUAG